ACAUUUGACAACCAAAAGGGCGAGAGGGGCCAAAAACAAAUAAUUAAUAAUGAAAUAAUGAUUUCGAGUUAGAAAACUGCGACCUUCACACCACAAAUUGACCCUUGUUCUCUUUACAGAUAUGUUAAUCUUUAUAUCCUAAUUUAAAACAAGAUUUCUGUUGUAGAAAUAAUUUUAGUGUUACCGUUAAAUAGAAUAGUAGAAUUGUGGUUUCACCGUUAAAAUCUUUAAUUUAUACUUAAAUAAUGGGAUAUGCUCCAAAUACAGAGGACAAAAGAGCCGUUGCUUCGAAAAUUGACAAAAAUGUAUUUGAGUUUAUGAACAAGAAAUUUCCGAUUCCUUCCAAACUCUCUUAGAACAUUACUCAAGACCUCUCCUGACUCAGCUAGACCCACUCAACUUAUCUCCGUCUUCGUCGGAAAUAGAGAAAGUCGUGUCCGAGAAAGUCGCUUAGUUAGAGCUAAACAGCACAACCGUCGCAACAUUUUUUAAUGUUUUGAAUCCAUGUUUUUAUUAAUUGGCUGUGGGAUAAUCAUAAUCGUCACAAUUGUGGCGAUAUGGCGCUCAAAAAAACCUUUAAAAACUAUCUUAGCUGAAGCAAAAUACGAAUUGCUUUACAAUGCAGUGGGAUCCAGGGCUAUCAUUGAGGAUGUGUUUAUGCGGAGUAGAAACAAAACGGACUUGCCGAUUUUGUCCGGGAAAGUCGCCGUAAUUACUGGAGGUGCCAGAGGAAUAGGGGCUGAAGUCGUGAAAAUGCUACUUCAGUGUGACAUACACGUUAUAAUUGGUUGCAGGAAUACUCAAGCAGGAGAACAAGUCUUACAAAAAUGCCGAGACAGUGGGGUAACAACGGGGAAUAUCACCGUUUACAAAUUAGACAUAAGUGUGUUAGAUUCUGUUAAAAGUUUUGCUAAAGUAGUAGCAGAAAAACACCCGAAAAUAAAUUAUUUAAUCAAUAAUGCUGGGAUAAUGUUUGGCCCGUAUAUCGAGAGUCGCGAUGGCUACGAAUCUCAAUUUUCGACAAAUUACUUGGGUCACUUUCUUCUGACCCAUUUAUUGCUCCCGCAAUUGUGCGCCGCGGGAACUGAGACUUUAAAAUCCCGAAUUGUCAACGUCUCCUCAUGUGCCCAUCUAGUUGGAGAAAUCAAAUUCGAGGAUAUUAAUAAUCGGCAUCAAUACAUUUCCGCGGAAGCAUAUGCGCAGUCAAAAUUAGCACAAGUGCUCUUUACUAAUUAUUUGGAAAGUAUCUGCAAGAAAGAGAAUAUGCCAGUGCAAUUACAUUCCGUCCAUCCUGGUAUAGUAAAUACAGAGCUGUUUGAUGGCACACAUUUGAAGAAUUUAGCGCCUUGGAUACCGUCUUUGAUGUUUAAGACUCCUGAACAAGGCGCAAUUCCGAUUGUCCACGCUUGUCUUUCCCCACACUUGGAGGGAAAAGGCGGGACUUACAUUCACAAUUGUCGGAUUUUUUCGACGAGCGAGAACGCCAAAAGUGAGGAUUUACAAGAGAAACUGUUCAACUUCACCAAAGAUUUACUCAAGAUUGAAGACUUUGGUCAAGCGCACAACAAUAAUAACUAAAGACUUAAAAGUGUAUAGUUUUAUUGUGUUAAUAAUUUUGUUGCUUUUACAUGAUUAUUCUUUGGCUUAUAUUACUAAAAACAUGUAAAUAAAUAAUCUCUUACAAAUCA